AUGGCUAAUUCCGGCAUGACGCAGCUGCUCGGCUUCCGGUUCGACCCCACGGACCAAGAAAUUAUCGGCUUCUUUCUCUACAAGAUGGUGGUGGCGAACAACCCUCUGACUUUGAUGCCGCCAUACAGCAAGACUGGCAGCUGCGGUACUUGGAGUGAAACCGAAACCUACCAAGAUGUUAAAGAUGAGGUGGAUGAGAUUAUAGGUAGAAAACGGAAAUUCCGGUACGAGAACGGUAAUACUUCGGAGGACCACGCCGGCUGGCUUUUGGAUGAAUAUAGCCUUUUCGAAAAGGGCUGCAAGAAUCGUACAAGUCGUAAUUGCUAUGAUUUUGACGUUGUGAUUUGUCGGCUGAGAAGGAAGUGCAAUACGGACAAGUCCGGGAAAAAGAGGAAGUGCUCAUCUCAAGAUCAAUCAAACAAGAAGAUGAAAAGAGAUCAAUCUACAAAGGAGAUGAAGACUGAAAAUUCAGUGGGGCCGCAAAUUAUGAAUGAUGAGAGCAAUCAGUUGAUGAUCAACGACAUUACAACUUGUGAUCAAGAUUAUUUGAUCGACACCAAUCAUAAAAGUUUCAACAUUGAUGAACUCUUCGUAGAACUAGACUGCAAACCGCCAUUGUUACACUCGCAGCAACUACCUCAGAUUGUUGAAAGCCAAGAAAAGCCUUUGCCAACUUCUUGCCUCUAUGUUAAUCAAUUUGAUGGACCACUGGAAGCAGCCACCAGCAAUCUGAGUAAUUUUGAGUAUAAUAGCGAUCAAAUAGCAAGAUCAACAUGGCAACAUAAUAUGAAUGCCGAUGAUCAUCAAGAUCCGAAUUUAUUCUUCACCGUCGAUGAAUUAUUGGCAGAAGAUGCAGAGCCUUUGUCAACUUAUGCGCUCGAUGAUGUUUGUAAUGUGGUCAGCCAACCAUUAGACCAAAACAGUUGUUGGUCCAAAUCCUUUAUGGAUCAGACUUACAAUUCCUAUAUAUGCUUAUCAAUAGAGGAGAUCAUAGCUGACAAUUAG